AUGCACAUCCUCGUAGUCAACGACGACGGGCCUCCCUCGUCCCACUCGUCCCCCUACGUGCACUCCCUCGUGCGCGAGCUGCAAGCCGCCGGCCACGUCGUCUCCGUCUGCCUUCCGCACACCCAACGCUCCUGGAUCGGCAAAGCGCACAUGAUCGGCCAAACCGUCAAGCCGCUCUACUACCGUCCCCCGCCCACCUCUUCGCCCGCCGCCGGCCUGACCACCGCCCUCAUCACUUCCACCGACUCCCCCGACGAGACCGUCAACGUCACCGACCACGGCUCCACCCACCCGCGUCCCUCCACCGUCCCGGGAACAGAAGAAUGGAUCCUCGUCGACGGCACCCCCGCCUCGUGCGUGCAAAUCGGUCUCUACCACUUCUUCCAAGACCGCGGGCCGAUUGACCUGGUCGUGUCCGGUCCCAACUACGGGCGCAACACCACCGCCGUGUUCGCCUUGUCAUCUGGCACCCUCGGCGGCGCUUUGGAAGCCGCGGUGUGCAAACGUCGCGCCAUCGCGCUUAGCUACGCCUUCUUCAACCGCAACCACGACCCUUCCAUCAUCGCCAAGGCUUCUCGCCAGUCUGUGCGUGUGAUCGAGGCUCUUUGGAAGGAAUGGCCUACAGACAGAUCCGUGGAUCUGUACAGCGUCAACGUGCCGCUUUUGGAAGGGCUGGAGGAGGGCAAGGUGCUGUAUACGCCUAUGCUGCAGAAUUAUUGGGGAGCGGGCAGCUGUUUUGAGGAGGUGGAGGGCAGUGUCGAUGGCGAGGAGGAGGAUGAGGAAAGGAUUAGAGAGGGGGGUGAGAUGGGCCGCGCCGAGACUGAUGGCGGCAAGGAGAUUGGGAAGAGGGAUGGAAAGGGCGGGUUGCAUACUCAUAAGCACUUUAAGUGGAGUCCGAGGUUUACGGACGUAUAUAAGAGCGUGGAGGAGGCGGCGCCGGGGAAUGAUGGGUGGGCGGUUAAGGAGGGGCAUACCAGUGUCACCCCGCUCAAGGCCAACUUUUGGAAUACGGCCGAGAAUUUGCAUGGCAAAGAGUUGCAACUGCCUCCUCUUGAGACUCCCUCAGCUACUAAGACCGAGUCGGCGACCACCCUCCCCAUCCGGGAAUCGGCCACCACCACCAAGGACGAAAAAGACCACCUCUACGCCCUAAUCGACUACCAAGACGCCUACGUCCAACCCCUCAUCCUCUCUGCCAUCGAGAAACUCCUCCCUGCUUCAUCAUACACCCUCCUUUCGUCUCCUUUCACCGCCGAAAACAAGGAACCCGAGAUUCAUCUCGACACCCUCCUCCCCUCACCCGAAGCAAAAUGUCUCCAAAUAACCCCCUACGAAACCAUCGACUUCGACCACGCCAUGGCCCACCCGUCCACGACGCUCAUCAACUCUUACAUCAUCCGCAAAGCGCUGAUCCGCAAACAUUUCCUGUCUUCGACAGUCGAGCACUGGGUUUCCAAACAUCCUGACUCCGCUCUGAAGACGCACGUGAAGCGCGCCGAGGCGUUUGAAGUCGAUUACGCCGAGUUCUUGGAUGAUGCGCUUGUCGAAGCUUUCGAUUUGCGCGCUAGUAUGGAGAAGAACGACGAAUUGCUUGCCGAAGGAAAGGGAGAGGAAGUGGAAUGGUGGAUUCUCAAGCCGAGCAUGAGUGAUCGCGGACAAGGGAUUCGAUUGUUUAGUACGAUGGAGGAGUUGCAGAGCAUCUUUGACGGUUGGGAGGUGGAGAGCGACGAUGAGGAAGAGGAGGAGGAGGAUGACGACUCAACCACCGUUGAGCGCCCGACCAAGGAUACCGACAACGACAACGACGAUGACUCCGACGCAGGAAUCAACACCUCCCACCUCCGCCACUUCAUCGCCCAGCCCUACAUCCACCCUCCCCUCUUGCUCCCGGAACUCCAAAACCGCAAGUUUCACAUCAGAGUCUACGUCCUCGCCGUCGGCGCUUUGAAAGUUUACGUCUACAAGGACAUGCUCGCCCUCUUCGCCGGCACCCCUUACGUUUCCCCCUCUGCCCCCUCUUCUUCUCAAGAAGAGCUGGACCUAAGCGCGCACCUAACAAACACCUGCCUGCAAACUUACACUUCCCCCCUCGCCGCCGAAAACAGUGUUCACAAGUUCUGGGACCUCCCCACCCUCUCCCCCACGCACUUUUCCAAGGAAAAGGCGGAGAAUAUCUGGGAGCAAAUCUGCGAAGUCACGGGUGAACUUUUCGAGGCGGCGGCGAGGGGGAUGAUGAUUCAUUUCCAGCCUAUGGAGCAGGCUUUUGAGGUUUAUGGGUUGGAUUUCUUGGUUGAUGCUGAUGAUGCCUCCGGAAAAAAUACGGCUUGGUUGUUGGAGGUUAAUGCGUUCCCGGAUUUCAAGCAGACGGGUAGCAACGAGGAGUUGAAGGGUGUCGUGGGCGGGUUUUGGGAGGGGGUUGUUAGGGAGGCUGUUGUUGGUGGUGGGUUUGUCGGAAAGGGUGCUGAGGGUACUGAGGGGGCUGCUGGGAAGGGUCAGGGGGUUGAAAAGAUGAGAUUGGUUAGGGAGGUUGAUUUGGGGAGGAGGUGGUAG